CCAGGCAGGAAGAUAGAGCUAGCAGGCUGUAAAGAGACCAAAGAAGGAGAGAUAUGCAACUGGCUGUUUUGCUGCUGCAAGAAGCAAAUCAUCAUUUUGUCUUCAUUGGCAGAGUUAUCAGUGAUAACCAGGAUUGCAAAUUAGGAUUUUUGUAGUCUCUCCCAUUUUAAAGAUGCUCAGUCUUCUGGGUGGCAUCAACCCAUUGAUCCUGUUCACUGGAGUUGCCUUGGUGGUCCUUUUUCUGCUGCUGUUAGUUAUGUGCAUUCACCACAAUGGAGCUGGUGCCCAUGAGCCUGAUAUAGAGAGGAACUACAGGGCCGUGGGGAGAAAUCGUGUCAGGUGGGUCCAUCCUUGGCCAUUACGUGCUGGUGGUCCCCUUGGACGCCUUCACCGUAACCACCGAAACCUCCAUGGUCUCCACCCUCUCCAAGCAGGCCACCAUCACCAUCACCUUCACCAUCAUCACCAUCUUCACCGUCAUCACCAUGCUCACCGGGCUCAUCGCUGAUUUGGAUCAAGAAAGGCAUCUAUCUCCAUUCAGUUCCCAGUCUGAGGAAUCCUGCCUUCCCUGAAAAUGAGAUAUUUCUGAAGGACAGUUUUAUUUUUCUGAAUGAAUGUUAGAACCAAUGGAUUAUAACUGAUAAGAAAAGGACAUUUUGAA